AUGAUUCGACUGCUGGCCAUCUUUGGUUGCUGCCUGCUUCUGGUGGCAGGAAACUCCUUCGAGAAGUCCCAGGAGACACAGGAGCUUGAUGACUCCACUACCCCUUUAACCGAUAAUGGCUUUCCCAUUAGCUCUCAUGAGCUACCCGAGCUGGAGGUGCCCAGUGAUCUCGACCAGGAAGUGAUGGAUGUCCAUAAGAUCAAUUGGCUACCAGUUUGGGAAGAGCAGGAGCAUCUGCGCAUCGCCCGGGAAGUGUCUGAAGUUGAGCCAGCGGAGGCUACACCAGCUCCUACCACCGAUUCCACUUCCACCAAGGCUCCUACCACCGAUUCCACUUCCACCAAGGCUCCAGUGGAGGAAGUGUUGCUGCCCAAGGAUAACAAACAGUGUCCCAACAAUGCUGAACGUGGCCUAACCAAUCUGAUCCGUGUGGCUCGCCCUCUCUUACCCGCUGCUCGACUAAAGAACAUCCUGGCCAAUGCUGUCGAGGAUCCCCAGGUGCGGGGUUUGAUCAAACUCCUCCGAAGUGAUCGCCUCAAGGAGGAUGUACAGCGUUUGAGGGCCACCAAGCAGCACCAGGCCCUGCAGGAGUUUAUCUGUCGGGAGCUCAAGUUGGAUCCCGCCUACUAUGUGGAGUAUGUUAGGGUGUUCCUUGACAUCCAUAUUGCAGAGCCGCCGACCAGCAAGUUGCCCAACCGCCGGCAGGGCAUACGAGGUCUUCUUCUGGAUCUCCGUGAUGCUGUGCCCCGAAACACCUUGAGGGACAUGUAUCUGCGACUCUACUCCUCCGAUGCGGAGUUGGCCAAUGCCGUGCGGCUCAUCCGUAGCACCAAGUUUCGCCGAAUGCUGCGGGAUGUGCGCUCCCUCAAGGAGUACCGCUCGCUUACCGAUGAGCUGGAGAAGGCAGGAGCUCCGAUGCGCCAGAUUCAGCAGCUGGUGGCCAACGCCCUGGGCUGGAGCACCGUUGAUCUGGGGGCGGAGACUGUCAUUUUGAGUGUUUAA